AUGUCCCCCGGGGGGGGGUCCAACCAGCAGGGCAGCCCUUGCGGGCAACCGCAGUUGGGCUCGGCCCCAUCUUCUACGACGGAGGGGAGGGGAAGCUACUCGGGGGGGGGGGGAACGUUCGAAGACACGUCCCCGCACUUUAUCUCACAAAUGCAAAACACGGGGGGCCCGUGUGACCGCGAACAGGUCCGGUCUCAAUCAAGCAACUCAAGCCACAACAACGAACCCCCACCUCUCGGUGACCCUGUGUGCGCGACCGUCGUACCCAAAAAAACACGAAACGGCGUCGCCCUCUAG